GACCAGAGAGUCGCUCCGAGCCUCUGAUUCAAAGUAGUGUAGACUUCUUGCCCGGCUCCAGCUGUCUGUCUCCGGUCUCUCCAGGAAUGAGAAGCGAUGGCCGGCUCUGCCAACGAGGAGAAAACCUUCAAGAGGUUCCUGGAGCUCUUCUUACGGGAGAUGAGGCCACCUCUCCAGGAGGACGUACCUCUGCCUACGCGCCCCUUGUCGGACCUCAUCUCGGAGGACGAGGUGGAGGGGGAAUGCCUGGACCUGUGUCUCCAGCACCUGUGUAAAUAUAAUUGCCCUUUCUCCUUGGCUGCAGCUCUGGCCCGCGGUACAGCAGACAGUAUCCUGCAAAGUGAUCUCUCCUUGUACCAUCUCAACAAGAGUGUUGAGGACGGGACUGAGACUGAGACUGAGACAGAGAGGGAGAGGGAGACACAGACCCAGAUCGAUUCAGUGAAGCUGGCGCGACUUGUCUUCAAUAAGCUGUGUGAAACGUGCAGUCAUUGGCUAAAAGAGUUUCCGUAUCGCCGCCGUCACUUGCCAUACUACGAGACCUCCAUCCAUGCUAUUAAAAACAUGCGCCGGAAGAUGGAGGACAAACACGUUGUGAUUCCUGACUUCAACACACUCUUUAAUCUACAGGAUCAAGAAGAGCAGGCCUUCUUUGCCGUGUUUGAUGGUCACGGUGGGGUGGACGCUGCCAACUACGCCGCCAAUCACCUGCAUGUUAAUCUGGUCAGGCAAGAAAUGUUCAGCCAGGAUGCAGGAGACGCCUUGUGUCACUCCUUCAAACUGACCGAUGAGAGAUUCAUAAAAAAAGCAAAAAGCGAGAACCUGCGCUGUGGCACCACAGGAGUCGUGACCUUUCUGAGGGGUCGCACACUGUACGUGACCUGGCUGGGAGACUCACAGGUCAUGAUGGUAAAGAGAGGUCAAGCGGUGGAGCUGAUGAAGCCACACAAACCUGACAGAGAGGAUGAGAAAAAGAGGAUUGAGGCAUUGGGCGGGUGUGUGAUCUGGUUCGGCACAUGGAGAGUGAACGGCAGCCUGUCCGUGUCAAGAGCUAUCGGUGAUUCAGAACACAAGCCCUACAUCUGUGGUGAUGCUGACUGCAGCACCUUCAACCUGGACGGCAGUGAGGAUUACUUGAUCCUGGCCUGCGAUGGCUUCUACGACACCGUGAACCCAGAAGAAGCUGUCAGAGUGGUGAGCGACCACUUGCAGGAAAACAACGGGGACACCGCCAUGGUGGCCCACAAGCUGGUGGCCUCAGCUCGAGACGCGGGGUCCAGCGACAACAUCACAGUCAUCGUGGUGUUCCUCCGAGACCCCCGUUUGCCUCCGCCCUCAGAUGAGCCAGAGGAGCAGCAGGAGGAGGAGCUGUUGGAGGACGCGGGAGAGGAAGAGGAGGAGGAAGAAGCAGUGGAGGCCUUGCAGAGUGAAUUGGUGUGUCAAGAUGGAGGUGCGGAGAAUGGAGGAAAGAACCGGGGCGGCUGGCCUCUCCAGCAGUGCUCAGCGCCAGCUGACCUGGCCUACGAAGACCGCAUGGAUUCAUUCACGGACAGAACAAGUCUGAGCAUCACAGGGCCGGAUGUGCAUGCAGAGACUGGUUACUUCAGGAUCCCAGCUUCAUCUGGCCUGCCGCCAACCAGAACCGUCACGCCAGACCUCAUUCCCUCCAACAGCAGGGCCGGCGCCGCCUGGCGUCCCUACCAAGAGGACGAGCCUUCUGGGUACAGGCAAAAACCCCAGCCUAAACCUAGAGUGCCCUCCUACACGCAGACCACCUCAGAUGGACAAUUGCUGGAGGUGGCUGCGCUCUUCUCUCAGGAGGGCCGCAAGAAGAGGCGGCUGGACGUCCUGCCGCUGAGGAGGGAAUCACAGCGCCUGAUCCGGAGGGCCAGGGAAAGCCACGGCCCUCUGAGCUGCUUCCCUAGUGUGCCCUAUCCUCUGCGCUCCUCAGAGAGGAAGCCCGGGAUAGCCUUUCCUCAUGUAACCCAUAGCAAAAGGGUCUAAUCGACAUCUUCCUUGCCCCAUCAUGCCGCCCUCUAUUCCUAAAGCUAACACACACUCCUGUGGUGGGCGUACACACGCAUAUAUUCACACUCUGUUCCAAAACCCAGUGAGUAACCUUUAUAGCCAGCAUUUUAAAAGACCACUCAUUUUGGAUUGGAUUGAGGGCAGUAUUUGCAUGUAUCUUUAAUGAAGAAGGUGACAAUCUUGGCUCAACUGAAACGUUCCACAAAACUUGUAAUAUAACUAUUUUAAAUAUUAUUUGUUUGUUUUGUAUAUAUUUAUGCUUAUCAGAGAAUAUGUGUGGCCAUAUUUAAAGUUAUUCUGUGAAAUUUCACAAAGAAUCCAGUCAUCGUUGAGUCACUGGGAGGGCAAACAAGUUCACCAUGCAAAUUUCGCUCAUGUCCAAGCUUAUGCAAAUUAGCAGAGCUGACUAUAGUAAAAGCUACUUGGUGACUUUUGUGCAAGUUGUUCUUUACACAGUACACCUAAAUACUAUUAACAGUGUACAGUGAAUUUAUGGAUGCAUAAAGCCCAAUUAUAUUUUGAGUUCGAAAUCCAGUCCAUAAGGAUUCACGGGAUUUGUGAAUACACCAUGCAGGUUUUCUUUGUGUUUAUUUGCACACAAGAAUCUGCUUGAUUUGACAGUGAUUUCAUCCCUGCAGUACUUAGAAAUUCUGAAAUUUCACCAAUGAGACAUCUAAUCUUAUUCUUAUAUCACUUAGUUAGAUGCUGACAACAACUCCUACAGAAAUUCCUUUAUGCUAUUUUAAAUUUGUGUCGCUCCCUAAGUAGGCCAAAUAGGUCACUUAUGAAGUUCCAAAUGUUGUUGCCUAUAUAGGGCUCACUUGCUUUUGGAACAGAAACACACACUCAAACAUACUGCACUGCAUUAACGCUUCCACUUUCGUCUUAUAAGAGCCAGCCUAUCAGAAUCCACCAUCACUCUCAACCAGCUUCCUCUUCAUUCUCAUCAUCUCUCUGGUCCAGAGUGUUUACACUACCCUAACCCUAUCCAAUCAUAACUGAAUUUCCACACAAACCCAAUGUAAAAGCAAGCAAUUGAUUGCAGUCAGCAGAUCUCAAAUCUGAUAUCAAAAGUAAGAGACAUGAUACAGCUCCUGGUUAAUAAAGCCAUGUUCACACACUACACCUUAAGAGAAACCUAUUCAGAAUCACCUAACAGAUCUACUAUUUAUUUGUUCCUUUAUUUACUUACUAUAUGAACUGGUUACUCUAGGGCAGGGGUGUCCAAACUCGGUUCUGGAGGGCCAAUGUCCUGCAGAUUUUAGCUGCAACUUGCCUCAACACGCUUGCAAGGAUGUUUCUAAAAUGGGUUUGGAACUAAAAUUUGUAGGACACCAGCCCUCCAGGACAGAAUUUGGGCAAGUCUAGGGUGUGAGGAUAUCUAUAUAUUGCAGGUUCAGAUUCAGGCAUCAUUAUGAUCUGACUGCUGAUUCAUUAAAAAGAGUGGGAUCAUAUUCAUUUGUGUGUUUAUGUUUAUAGCACACAAUGUAUGUGCUGUUUAUGACGUUGUGUUUAAUCUUGUCACGUCUGUAAGAUGUCUCCAUUUAUCUAAAUGGCACUUUCAACAAAUAGGUUAUAAUUUGGUCUCCUUUGUUUGAUUUUUAAUGUCUAUUUUAUGUUCACUGCUAGGAAACAAACAAAUCCAAAUAAAAAGAGGCUCCAUUUUGUAAUCUAAUUGUGGAAAGUGCUGGGUUGGUUUUGGGCGACUGCCACGUCAAAGAGUUUGCACAUAUCUCCAACCAUCCUUUGAUGAUGCUAACUAGAAAUAACCCACUGACAGACACCACCUGCUUGCUUUUCCAAUUAUUGCCUUGGAGAGAAACAUAUCAGAUCCAAUUUAGAUGCA